AUGUUCAUCGUGCACGCAUCCAUCGUCUCAACGAUGUUCGGGUCCAUUCCUUUCAAUCCAGGAGCUCAAACUCCACAGAAACCAAGGCCGGAUGGAGGCCAGCCUCCCCAGCCUCCUCCCCCUCCUCCCUCAGCCUCCAAAACCCCUCGAGCAUCUGCGCGAACAGCUGAACAGAAGGUCGAUAAUGUCCUUCAAGCCAUAACAGACAAUAACCUCAACCUCGCCACGUUUUUGUACCUCCUCUUCCGGCUCGAGAAGCGUGAUCCCCGGAGCAAAGGUGGCCUGGAUGGAAUCAAUCCUUUCGACAAACUCCCUGCCCAAUCCGAUCCUAAUCGAGCCACGCGAAGCGAGAAGCAUCAACGUAUGCUCACAGCAUUCUUUAAUGGCACCUCAAAGCCGCACCUUGGGGUAAUAUUAGCAGAGAUUUGGAGAAAUGCUCGAGAGACAGGAGACUCCCCAGCAACGACACACCCCUUUGAAGAUAAGAAGCCUUUCACGGAAAUUCCCCUUGCCAUCAAAGCAUUUGCCACAUUUGCGAGUCGUGCCGUCAUAGAUAUGGUUGGAGAAGAAGCUGAGCGGAUGGUAGAGAGGAGGUCAGGCUUGCAUAUCCGUGCCCAGCUGAAGGAAGGAGGCAGAGGGAGCCGUGAAGACGAGAGAGCUAGCUGGGCAAAGAUAGAAGACUUCAGUUUUGAGAAGGGUGCACAGAUUGCGAAGGAGAACGCACCGGUUCUCUGGAACUGCAUGCUAAAGUUCACGGGUUACAAUGAAGAAGAAGAUCAGGGCCCGGUAAUUAAAUACCGUCCGAAGCGACUGGUUUGCACUAAUGCUAUAAUGUCACUCGCCUUUGCGAAAUCCAAUCGUGCCAACCUCAUUCCUUUAUGUCGAGGUAUCUGGAUGUUUUCGGCGCUUGCACCAAAGACGAUGUUCCGUGUUGAGAGCCGACUCGGAAUGUCCGUUUCCUACUCAUCCACCCAUCGAGCCCUCAAAAACAUGUCCAAAGAACAAGGAAAGGAGGUAAGGGAACUCGUGGUCGGUGAGAGGUCGUCGAGGAAACAUGUGUGGUGUGUCAGCGACAAUAUCCAAGCCUACAAGAAGAAACGCGACCACGGUCUGGGGAGGGUUAGUGAAAUGGUCAAAGGAAUGGCGGCAACUGCAAUACAGAUGGAUAACAUCGACCCAGAAGCUUUCAACCUGACAAACCUGCUUGAACGACAGGCGAAGAACGAACGACGCACAUUAACAGCUGAUAUGAUACUGGACGAUAUCGAUUGGACGCACCUUGAACGAGUAGCCGCCUACCAAUUCCUCUCCGUCCUCAUCCAUCAUGUACCCUCGCUUUCCAACUCCGACCAUCGAAAACACCUCAAACAGUUCUCCGACAGUGGCCUAAAGAAGUUCGAGCGUCCGAAGAACUUUCAGUCCAAGGUAUAUCCAUUGGCGACGAACAGUGCAGACGAGAUGAAGGUUCAGGAGCUGAGAGAAGCAAUCAUUGAUUUCGCAUCCACUCAGCUCGGCAUAACGGAGGAAUCCAUCGACAAUCGUUGCUGGCCCUUCUCCGGCGAUGGAAAGACAUUUGACGCCUUUCUUCGCCUGCGGAAGCAGUCUUCAGUUGAAGAGCUUACCUUCGAAAGCUUUGGUUGGAUGAUCCCACUGCUGGAGGUGUGGCAUGCCAAAUGGACUGACUUAUCGCGGGUCGUUCGAGGACAUCACGGCGACAGCACCGACCCAAGCUCUUUGGCCUUCUUCGCUCAGCUCACCGGUUGUCCCCAGCCAGCCGAUCUCCGAAAGGUUGAUUUUUACGAUGGCCAGCACCUUGUGAAUCUUUCAUUUGAGGCAUUGGUGUUGAAUGUAUGGGAGCAGGAGUUCAGAACAACCGACCUCGUACAACACUUCGAACACAUGAGUACCCUCCCUCCCUUUGGGGAUCUUGUCUCUCGCGCCAGACGGCUGUCUCAUAGCCACGCAUCUUCACAAGCCUAUCAAUUUGUGUCUACUCCUUCCCAAUCCAUGAGGAAUCCCGGCAUACCUGUUGGCACUGAGUGGACAACCUCCGAAGAGAUACAAUCGACAACUCCAGCAAAUCCUGCUCCCAAUCCGACACCAGGUACGGGACCAGCGACAAGUGAUCUUCAAGACGAGGGAAUUGCGAUUCCAGACCCCGACCCACUCCCGGUUCCCCAGCCGCCCGAUACCAGGGAAAGCGAUAAGGCUGCAGCCAAUAUCACUUUAUUUUUACGUGACGCGCUGUGGUGGCGGGAGGUCUGCCUUGCCGUUUCCGAGGGUGACACAGGUCGAUUGCUUGAAAUGUUCAAAGUUUGGAUCUUCACAUUUGCUGGGAGCAAGAACCCAUUCUAUUCAACCUUCCUUCUCGAGAUUUACUGCAACUUCAAAUGGGAAUUCUCCCCGGAACUCCGACAUGCGUUGAUGUUCUAUUGGCUGGUUAAUUUGAGUGGUCUUCCGGGUUGCUAUAUCGAACUUGACCUUUUGCAGGAGCAUUUUAAUUUCUGGCUGGAGGAGAUGGUUCAGCACAAGGGGAAGUCCUUCGAUGAUCCUUUCUACCGCGAGGUUGUCGCCCGAAACAUCCACCACUUCCUUAAACUGAAAGAUGAAAUGGAACAGAGGGUCCAACUGCAGGCACGGACAAAACGUCACACCAACCCAAAGCUCGACAAUGAACGGAAUCUUCUCCUCAGUCAUAUACGGCAAUUCCAGUUGAACAAAUAUCGAGCUGGACGGACAUACGGGUUCUCGGUUCAAGACGAUUUUUCCGUCGGGCACGACAAGAUUGUAGACGGCAAGUUAAAGAAGUUUAUUGCGCGGUCGUCCGAAUAUGCUACGCGGCUACAGGCACGCGGGUAUGGAGCUAUCGAGGAAGGGAGCGAGGCAGAGAGGCUUGAGCUGGAUGAGGACCUCGAGUUAGAGGACGAGGACUUGCGAGACGAGCUGGAGGACAUACCAGUGACAUCACCUCGUCCGCGGAUGGUCUCUGUUGAUGGUGAAGUCUUUGUAGUGGAAGGAGACAACGAGGAGGAUUAG